AUGAUGUGCGCAGUGGCGACAGGCCCCAAUGCCAUUCCAGUCUCCUUUGAGAGGAGAAACCGACUCCUCAGCACUGCGGAAGGAACUAAUACGAGCAAGGAGCGCAAGGAAGAGACUCAACCGCUCUCGGAAUUGCGGUGGAAGUCUGGGCCAACGUCGAUCCUGAGUGAGGAGACUCCGGACGCGACGACUGAUAGCCGCAGGAAGUCUGCGGAGGCAACACAGGAAGGCCAUGGGUCAGACGUGACAGAGAUUCUGCCACACUGGUGGAGGGAGACUUACAUGAAAGAGUCUUACGACCAACGGGGGGCGUUGUGCUGUGUGGGUGCACAACUACGCAUUGACCGGGUUGUAACAAGACUGACGUUGUGGUGUGGACACGCACGUUUUUCCGGGGACUUUCUAGUGGGACCCGUUCCCUAUGACUUAGUCUUGGGCUUGGAUUGGCUGACGGAACACAAGGUGGCCUGGUAUUUUCAGUCGGACAAGCUCCGAACCUAUGUGAAUGGCCAGUGGUGCGAGUUACCGGUCGUUCGGACUGGUGAAACAACGCUGCGAGGUGACAGUUUCAUCGCAGCCCACCCAAAGACCCCUGCAGAACAAGCGUACGAGAUACUGGCAAACCAAGUGGCGGGUAUGUCUACCGAGGAGGCCGCCAUAUUCUUACGCCCACCUCCAAGGAGGUAUAAACCCCACGCGAAGAAGAAGGCGAAGGCGCGGAUAACGUCGCUCGUUCGUCAAGCAGCUGAGGACACAAAGGAUCUCAAGGCUCCAAUGCACAGUUUGCACCUCAUACUGGCUUUGUCCGAAGCCGGUCCGGCAAUGCCCCUACGGCUCGCGGAUGAAUGGCAAGGCGCGCUUUGCUGCGCGGUAAUCGGGACUCAACCCGCGUCCUCCAGUUGGCAUAGUCCUUCGGCCAUAACCGCCGCGGGGGCAACGGAGAGUGAUGAGGAGUCCCCCUGGCCUCAGGCACAACUCGAGCACACUCUGUUUGACGCAUGGAUACAUUCGACAGAGGCGCAGGAUAUCCCCCAGGAGAUAGCACAAGUGUUGCACGAGUACCGAGCUGUAUUUCCCGAUAACUUACCUAAGGGAUUACCGCCGAAACGCCCUCAUGAUCACCAUAUUCUACUCGCGCCGGGAAAACUUCCGGCGAAAUCUACGAUCUACCGUAUGACCCCAGAUCAGCUCACAUUCCACAAACAGGAGAUAGCUAAGUUGUCGGACAAUGGUUGGAUCGGACCGACCUACUCGCCUAUUUGCUCGCCUACAAUCAUGGUGGACAAACGCGAUGAUGGCUCAGGGGAGCGCAAAAUGCGUAUGGUUGUAAACUAUCAGGCCCUAAAUGCCCUUACGAUAGCCCCUGAAUUUCCCUUACCUCCCAUCCAAACCAUUCUCGAGAUGCUGGGAGGCGCCCAGUACUUUUCCACCCUGGACCUAGAAGCAGGCUAG